GAUCGCUUCCUGGUCCUCGCCUCCUCCGCUGUCUCCCAGGAGUUCUUGCAAGUCGGCCAGGAUGUCUCAGGCUGAGUUUGAGAAAGCUGCAGAGGAGGUUAGGCACCUUAAGACCAAGCCAGCGGAUGAUGAGAUGCUGUUCAUCUAUGGCCGCUACAAACAAGUAACUGUGGGCGACAUAAAUACAGAACGGCCCGGGAUGUUGGACUUCACAGGCAAGGCCAAGUGGGAUGCCUGGAAUGAGCUGAAAGGGACUACCAAGGAAGAUGCCAUGAAAGCUUACAUCAACAAAGUAGAAGAGCUAAAGAAAAAAUACGGGAUAUGAGAGACUGGAUUUGGUUACUGUGCCAUGUGUUUAUCCUAAACUGAGACAAUGCUUUGUUUUUGUAAUACUGUGGAUGGUGGGAAUUCGGGAAAAUAACGAGUUAACCCAGUUACUCAAGGCUGUUCACCAUACGGCUCUAACAGAUUAGGGGCUAAAAUGAUUACUGACCUUCCUUGAGUAGCUUUUAUCUGAAAUCAAUUAAAAGUGUAUUUGUAACUUUAAAAAAAAAAAAAAAAAAAUCUGCUGGCUGUGGUGGCGCACACCUGUAAUCCCAGCUACUAGGGAGGCUGAAGUGGGAGAAUUACUUGAGCCCAGGAGGCUGAGGCUGCAGUGAGCCAUAGUCAUACCACCACACUCCAGCAAGGGUGACAGAACAAAACCUUGCCUCUUUUUAAAAAAGAAGUAAAAAUUAAAAAAAAAAAAAAAAAAAAAAAAGAGGCCGGGCGCAGUGGCUCACGCUUGUAAUCCCAGCACUUUGGGAGGCCGAGGCGGGCGGAUCACGAGGUCAGGAGAUCGAGACCACGGUGAAACCCCGUCUCUACUAAAAAUACAAAAAAAUUAGCCAGGCGUGGUGGCGGGCGCCUGUAGUCCCAGCUACUUGGAGAGGCUGAGGCAGGAGAAUGGCGUGAACCCGGGAGGCGGAGCUUGCAGUGAGCCGAGAUCACGCCACUGCACUCCAGCCUGGGCGACAGAGCAAGACUCCGUCCCAAAGAAAAAAAAAAAAAAAGUGCCAGGCCCGGUGGUGUGCACCUGUGGUUCCACUUACAGCUGAGGUGGGAGGAUCACUUGGGCUGAGAGUUCAAGGUUGAGGUGAGCUAUCAUCGAGACCCUGUACUCCAGUCUGGGCAACACAGCAAGGCUCUCUUUUUUUUUUUUAAAGGAGCUUGGCCGGGUGCAGGGGCUCAUGCCUGUAAUCCCAGCACUUCGGGAGGCCGAGGCGGGUGGAUCAUGAGGUCAGGAGAUCGGGACCAUCCUGGCUAACAGGGUGAAACCCCAUCUCUACUAAAAAUACAAAAAAUUAGCCGGGCGUGGUAGCGGGCGCCUGUAGUCGCAGCUACUCAGGAGGCUGAGGCAGGAGAAUGGCAUGAACCUGGGAGGUGGAGCUUGCAGUGAGCCAAGAUUGCGCCACUGCACUCCAGCCUGGGCCACAGAGGGAGACUCUAUCUUCAAAAACAAAACAAAAAAAAAGGAGCUCCUCACAAGAGAAGUCCACCAAAAACACCAGUGCCCACUUCACAGGUGUGGGGUCACCACGCAAGCACCCCACUCCCUGGUUAUCAUCUGAUCACUGGGCUUUCCUACAAACACACAGGUGCACGCACCACACCCAAGGGAAGGCGGGGAGCUGUGGCCUGCCACGCCAGCAGCCUCGCACACUGGCUCCCUGGGGCUCCUCGUGGCCAAGGCCUGUCCAGGUCAGUGCGGCUUCUUUCCCACCAGGAGCUUCCUGCCAACCACGUCUUUCCACACCCCCUUCUCAGUCCUGGCAGUCAAUCAAUCUCCCCACUCAGGACAGGACCCCCUCUGUCCUCUUCUACACCGCUGUCGAGACAAGCUUCUGUGACUUCAUCAGUGCUGAGAAAUGUGAAAGACAUGCCGUGGCACAGGUCUACUGAGAAGAGGGAAGGGCCAAUGUUCUAAACGGAAUGUGGCUGGGAGAAUGAGCACCAUCAACAGGUUAGGUCCUUAAAGCUACCAGGUGCCAUCCCCCAAGUCUCUGGAAGAGGGGCUCUCACAUCCCCCCACGCCAUUCAAUGACGAGUCACUGCCCCCUACUUAUUCCCACAGGCAGAUGGGACCACCAGGUGCGGGUCCUGUUGCUCUUUUCCAGAACAAGGCAUUCAGGUUUCAGCCAGCCCCAGCCUGAGCCCGAGCCCCCAACCACACCUCUGAUAGGAAAACGAACCUGAGUUUUAAACAAAUUGAAACUUGUAAAAAUGUAGCCCAUGGGUAAACUGGGCAUUUUCUGAGGAUUUUGUUUCAUAAAAUAUGUAUAUAAGAACUUAGAGGCCGGGCGCGGUGGCUCAUGCUUGUAAUCCCAGCACUUUGGGAGGCCGAGGCGGGUGGAUCACGAGGUCAGGAGAUCGAGACCAUGGUGAAACCCCGUCUCUACUAAAAAAUACAAAAAAAAUUAGCCGGGCCUGGUGGCGGGCGCCUGUAGUCCCAGCUACUCGGAGAGGCUGAGGCAGGAGAAUGGCAUGAACCCGGGAGGCAGAGCUUGCAGUGAGCCGCGAUUGCGCCACUGCACUACAGCCUGGGCAACAGAGCAAGACUCC